AUGGCGGCCAAUACGUCCCUCCCGAUCAACAUGUGCAAUUACUGCCAGCAGCCCGCCAACGCAGGUCGGCCACUGGCUCCAUGCGGCCGUUGCAACAACGUGUUGUAUUGCUCCCGCAGCUGUCAAAUACUCGACUGGGCACAGCACAGGAACGUGUGUUUCAACAGCACUCAGCCAAGCGCCCAGCCAACCAUCCAGCCAACCAUCCAGCCAACCAUCCAGCCAACCAUCCAGCCAACCAUCCAGCCAACCAUCCAGCCAACCAUCCAGCCAACCAUCCAGCCAACCAUCCAGCCAACCAUCCAGCCAACCAUCCAGCCAACCAUCCAGCCAACCAUCCAGCCAACCAUCCAGCCAACCAUCCAGCCAACCAUCCAGCCAACCAUCCAGCCAACCAUCCAGCCAACCAUCCAGCCAACCAUCCAGCCAACCAUCCAGCCAACCAUCCAGCCAACCAUCCAGCCAACCAUCCAGCCAACCAUCCAGCCAACCAUCCAGCCAACCAUCCAGCCAACCAUCCAGCCAACCAUCCAGCCAACCAUCCAGCCAACCAUCCAGCCAACCAUCCAGCCAACCAUCCAGCCAACCAUCCAGCCGAGUGCCGUGAGCAACGCCAACACAUUCCCCCAAACACAGUCCAGCGCACCUCAACAAGCAACCGCUCCACCAGCUCGACCCGCCUUGGGGCACCAAAUCAACAACCCUUUCAAUCGACUCGCUAAGAACCGGUGGCUUCAUGAUCGACCUGAACGGGACGUCUACACUCUGUUAAUAGACACAUACCGCCUGCGAAUCCAUGAUGACGUCUUCGUCAGAAUGAAGGUCAAUGAGGACUCUUGGCAUGAACAACCAGGUGACCGUGGAGCAGGGGGCCUCCGUCACUUCCUUCAACGUGUCGAAAGCCUCCCUCAUGGCAUUCUGCCAAGGUGGUGGUCUGCUAUCAAGGCUGAGGAGUGCGUUCAACUUGCUCUUUCCAGUGAAUGGAGUUCUCUGACGCGUGCUAUUAACAAGAUGGAUAUCGUCAAUCAUUACAAAAACUGGAUGAUGCCAAUGCAGCUACGGGCUUUUGGGGAAUCGAUCUACUCUGGAGUUAAUGGGAUGAAGGGAAAUAACUUGAAGGCGCAGCUGGAGCUUGAAAAUAAAGAAGCGGGCAGAUAG